CGCGAGGUUUGGUAGGUACUUACCCUGCUGUUGCCCGUGAGUGUACUCAAAUCUUAAUACAAAAAGUUCCGACUGGUGCAGCCCAGGGUGAUGUGCCAUACUGGCGCGAAUUGUUAUGCCCUUUUGCAGAUACAAAACGUCGGCACUACUACAGCGACAAAAAUCAAAAAAUCGUGAUUGAUAUUGCACUAGUGCACUAUCUUUUGAGAGCACGGCUUUCGCCGGCAUUGUUUAAGUCCGAAUAGUACGCUUUCUUGUAAUUGUACUGGACGAGUAGUAGCACUAAGACGGUAUACGACCACAUUGUCGCUAACGCUAGCUAUGUAGCGUCUUAAACACAAAACUAAUCCGAAACAGAGUUUCAAUUUCUAUUUAUACUUUACGGUAUUUUAGCUGUAUCUAUCUAUCACUCACGAACAUGUUGACUCUGACAUUAGUCUAGUUGUUGGGGGCUUCUGCCUGGUGUGAUAGGUACACACAGGAGGAGCAAUUUUUAUGAUAAAAGUGCACAGGUAUGUUUUUAUGUUGAGAGGGAAACCUAUACAAGGCUUCGAAGCUGGUGUACAGAGUCCUUGUUGCGUCCUGCUCUUCAUUUUUUCCCGAAAGCUGCUGCUUGGUCUACCUACAACCGCAUGGAGUUACCACCGGCGCUUUUUUGCGGAUUUUUGAAAACAAUGUCUCACACUUACUCAAUCGCUAUCUUCAUGUUGCAGUAGUCUCCGGAAUAAUGCAAAUAUCUACAAAUUCAAAUCAUACAAAUGUCAAUGUGUAAGAUGCCGUGCUUAUUGGUCUCCCUCCAGCAUACUAUAAGGAGAUUAUCUUUUACGUUUACCACUGUAUGAAGAACUUUACUUUUGCUUAAUAUAGUGAAAAACCGUGAGUAGUACGUGUACGACUUCCUGUUUCUUUUUUAGAGAAGUUUUUGCUUUUGACCAGUCCGGUGUCCGUAUUUACGGCAUGAGCUAACGUUUCGCUUUUCGAGAAAAAGUCCUUUCCUGCGAAACAUAGUGACUCUGACUCCCGCCAAGAAGAGAAAUCCCCGGACCUACUUUAUCUUCAGGUGCUUAAGUAGAAGAACAAGAAUAUCGAGUGAUUUCGCAUUUUUGUGCAAUGCACUGCUCUCUUUUUCAUUUUUUACUUUUUGCCUUUCACAUCUUUAUUUUUUACCUGCUCUAAUGCAGCCUUUCUCCAACUCCAAUCUAGAAGCCGAUAAAGCGGCCACGGCCAGCGGGGCCCCGGGACUGCAUAAGCCUGCUUUGCAGCCGCCGCCCGUGAUCCCAUCGGUGCCGUCGUAUUCAACGAUACGAAAUAUUUCGCACCAGGAGCACUCGCGGAGUGUGUCCCGCCCUCAUUCAAGGGGAGCGGAGUUUGACAUACAAGACCACCAGGUCUUUUUACAACCGCAUAUCAACUCUGCAACUACAACCUCCUCCGCGGCUACGUCUGAGCAUACUAACAACUCGGAUUAUACCCUUACUCACCAGCUAGUACAUCAAGGGGCGUUAACAAAUCACUUUAAAAAUUAUACGGCUACUACGUAUGAUCAUGAUGAUGCCGCAAGGGCCAGCUUCUACCAACAAAAUUUACUCUCCGUACCCGCCCCAACCUCCAUCUUUAAUACUGCGGGAGGAGGUGCAGCUGCAGCUUCAGGAACUCCAAGAAAUGGCUCUAAUAUAAUCGACCACGAAACGUCGCGGGAGGUCACGGUGAACUAUCAAGUGUGAAUAGGGCUGGGUCUUCUGGAAGAAUGCGAGAUCUGUCAUGCAGUUUUUGCCUGACCCAGAUCGUCUGGCAUGCAAGCGCUAGCAUCACAGAUUUUGAGAAGGUACCCUAAUGCCUUCUAAUCCGCGUGACAAAUCCCCUCUUUGUUCGGUAACAAGAACCAGCAGCUGGGGCCUUUUGCUAGCCAGGCAUGACAGAUUUUGUCAUGAUGUACACUUCGCAUCACACAUUCGAAUUCAUCCAGACCCAGACAUAUUUGCGAUGCAUAUGAAUACGCAGAGUCUGAUUUCUUCUGGCCGCAGCUUAUCGAUCACCACCAGCCGGAACUUUUCCAGCAACAAGGCUACCGUUAGCGGGGGUGCUGCAACAGAAGCUACCACGAGCAAGAACUCGGCUCCUUCAGGCGGCAGGAGUGGUCGGGGGAUUCUCGUCGGAGCUGGAAGAAGUGUGGGCUGCACAAGGACCAGACCACGAGCUUCUACUUCCACGCGCUUCUCCUCUGCUGGAGGUGCGCCUCCGAGCAAGCAGGCCGUGGUGCCCUUCGAACACAAUCUUGAACAAGUCGUUCCUAGUACAAGUGGUCCUCCACCAAAGGAACUACAAGCGGACCAAAGCGGAGCAGCUGGUUCUUGUACUAGUGGAGUCAUCUUCGCUACUAGUACGGGUGGACCGCUGGCGCAGCUUUCCUCACCACCGCGAGCUGCACUCGCUGCUGCAGAUAGCGGGGGCCCUGGCCCUGCAAGUUCAGCAGUGGGUCGACUGGUACCGCUCGGAUUAACUACACUUGUUCCCAGGAAGAUGCAGCAUUUGUUCCUGGCGCCGCGAAACUGUGAAGACGCAGAUGAAGGGACGAUAAAAAAGCAGGACUAUACUAGGAAAAAAGGCGAUAACUACGAUAGUAAAAAUCACAUGACCGCUGGUACUAUGCUGAACAGGGACCAGCACACAUUGAGCUUGCAAAACAAUCCUCCGGACUCGCCUCCCACAACUGACGACAUGAUGAACAGAGCUGCUGCAACGACUUUAUUGCUACAAGACGAUUACAACGAAGGCUCCCCAGGAGCACCGGAUAAGAACUCGGAAGAUGCAAGAACUGCAAAAAAGAAGAUGAUGCACUUGGUUAAUACGGGCAAAAAUACUUCCGCACCUGGGACGUGUUCACGACAGGCACACGACCAGGGCGAAGUAGUUAGGUCAAGCGGUGGAACAUCAACAAAAAAAUCCGCAAGCAGCAGCUAUAUCCGGCGCCAAGUGAUCGGCAACCAGGUGUUUAUAUGAACUGCAAAAGUAUCGUACUCGAACUCGUAUAAAUGCAUGACAAAUUUCCUCAGCGUGAGAAAUAAAAUUUGUAAUGCAGAUUUACCUUAGGAAAAAAAUUCGUAAUGCAUGAUUGCAAUACGAGUGCGAUACUUUUGCACAGGAUAGUUCAGCAGUUGCAGCAACGCCGACGCGAACCAGAAGCGGAAGUGCUGGGUGAGUGUGACGCCUUUCACCUUUUAUAACAUCGACCCGUGUGAAGAAACCUUCACCUGCACAUACCGUAUUGACUUAGAAGCGGAGAUUCCGCUGGCAGAAUGGCAGUUGAAGACGAAGGGAAAGUUCUCGACGUCUGCAUCAAGUGCAGCUGACAACUCUACAAGUGGCGCAGGAGCCGAAACUACAGCUGGUGCAUCAAAGAGCGGCAGUAAUCCUGCAACUACGACCAGUGGGAAACAUGACAACAGCACCGGAGGACGAACUACGGGCGGGAAUCCGACCAACUUGAAGAAUUACAACUCUUCGCGUGAGGACCAAACGUCCAGUAGCGGGGAGCAGCUCGUGCAGCUGCAGAGCAGCAAAAAUGCUGCCGCAAAUAAAACCAGGACCCCGGCGCUCCUGGACGAGCAGCACGGGGCGUCGGAGGAGGCGGACGCUGGUGCCAUUUCCGCAAGUACCCGGGAAAUCGAGCGCUUUUCGGUGAAGACAAACGGUAUAAGUUUUUUAUACGAUUCAUUGUUCGAUUUGAUUCUGACUUUGCAAGAAGGACAACUCCGAUGGAGCAGGACGCAUAGUGUGCUAGAACUACCUGUAGAACAAGUAUGAAAAUCCGGUUUUCACAUGCUUGUAAAGCUGAAUUUCAAAAAAUUCCCUAAGCCAUCAUCAAAUACCACGGCACAGCGUCCUCCGCUUCAGUGGCGCAGCGGAACCGCGGACUUUCGGUGGAAACGCGGGGUGGUGUACCACGUGCGCAGACAAGCAGCCUUGCUUCCAGUAGCCAAGAUGGCCACAACUCGCGGUCUUCGAGCAUUUACGACAGGCCGGACGUCCAGCUGGAUUCGCAGCCCUCAAGUACCAGUCCGGAUCACCACCGGGCGACUACUUCCACGCCUAGUGGGGGAGGAAAUGUUGACCAUGGUGAAGACCAUGACCAUCAAACGGGGAACACGACCAGUAUGGCGUUCUCAACUGUUAUAUUCUCAACUGUUGCGUGACUUUGUGAUGCAAGAAUGGCAAAAGUGAUAGGUGGGAUCUUGCCCGUCUUGCAUGACAGAUUUGGCACCGAUUAUUAGCCUGCUUGGUCCUCUGCAAAUUUGUCAUGCGAAGCAGCUUGAUGGUGUCGAUUCUGAAGGCAAUUCUGCAUGACAAAUCAUGUAACAGUUGAGAAUGUAAACGUUUGAGAACGCCAUAAGCAGCACACCGGUCGUCGUGGUGGUCAGCAAGAAUCGGGGUGAUCGACAUCAAACAAGCUGUAGCUCUAGUAACCGCGUAGUUCAGAUUGGUGAAGACAUCAACCAUAACGAAGAAGGCCACACAAAAAACCAGCAUUCGGAGGAGCGGGGAAAUCUUCCGCACCAGGAAAAUACAAGCGGCAAGAUGAACAAUAAUAGUGAACAAAACCAAAACGACAGCAACGAAAGCUGCAACGAAAAGAAUUUUAUGCAAGGGUCCAACUUCUUCACGCGCGCAAUUAUGCAGCUGAACCGCACCCGCUCCAGCACGGAGCAGGCCCUGCACGGGAGCAGUCCGUCCGACCCAUUCAGUAACUCGAAUAAUUCCCGAGCUGGAGGGGGUAGAGCGGCCACUGAGAGGGGCGGACAAGCUGCAUCAAAUUAUGACCACAAGAACUUCUACCCUACGAACACCAGUUUGGCUGCAGGAGCAGCAACAAGCAGAAAUUUUACAAGUGGCAGCCAGCUCACAUCACAACAGCACCAGGAUCAUCUUCGAGAAGAGCAAAACUGGCAAGUAGAAGAGGAAAACAAUCACAAUCACCAAGAUCCGCGGACCACCUCUCAGCCGUCGAGUCGCGCGGCGAAUGAGCAAGACGUGCCGACGGUAUCAACUGCAAAUAUGUCUGGGUCUGGAAAAGUGGAAUUUGUAAUGCGUGUCUUGCAUUCCUAGAAAAUCUGUGUUGCGCGAGCAGCAGAAGAGCCGCUUCCUUUGUCAUGCGAAAACGCACUUUGUGAUGCGUGAUAGACAUCAGAAAGCGUUUCAAAAACUUGUCAUUCAUGGCAAGCGUUGCAAUUAGCAGGAAAUCUGCAUCACAGGUUUCCAGACCCAGACAUAUUUGCACUGCAUAGACGGUGGAGGGAGACGAUGAGCACGAGGAAAGGACAACCAGAUACAACGAGUUCCGGCGCAGACGUAUUUUCAAGAAUAGUAAUGGGAGUGGUGCUCCUGCUGGACAGCAGCUCCACGGCGAAAAUAAUCAGGGAGGCAACAACAGGUUUUACAACGAGCAGAGAGGGACGAACACCAACACGGCGGGGGAAAGAACAACGACGAAUAACAGUAAUUCGAACUCCAACUCGAACGACCGGCUGAAUCGGAUGAAUGAAAACAGCAAUAGCGAGGAAAAUUUCAAAAACGAAAAUACAAAUAUCAACGGGUGGUCGAACCAGGGUGGCUCCUCAUCUUCCGCGACGAAUAAAAACUGCAGCAGCGGUGUCGUGAUGAAAGAUCAGUACGUGGAGGAAGAAAAGCUACUGUUCCCCUUGCCGAAAUUCGUGCACAAAAACAGCAUAUCAAGUGCAAAAAUGUCUGGGUCUGGAAAAGUUUAAACUUGUCAUGCAGAUUUUCCAUGACCCAUGAGGUCUGGAAUGCGGGACUUAGCAUGACAGACUCUGCGAGGUCUCUGCCAUGCCUAUGCUGCAUGAGAAACUCCCGUCCAACUUGGUCAAAAGUGGACAGCUUUUGGCACUCAUGCAACACAGAUUUUUGCAUGCUUCAGAUUUACCAUGACAAGUUGCCGCCUUCCAGACCCAGACACUUUUGCAAUCCAUACAGCAUCGACCUCCGCAUUUUUUGGACCUCCUGGACGGCCGAAAUGCUCGAAAGAGAAGCUGCUGGUGUAGAAGUUGUUCCAGCACCGGUAGAAGUUUCUUCUUGUUCGCAACCUGAGCAACAACAUCUUGCGACGCCGGAGGGGCAAGGAGAACAUCAACCACAAACCCGUGCAGCUGAUGAUCAAGCAGCACGGGGAAACAUAGCGCGCGAAAGGAAUGUGGUUCUUAAUAAAGCUGAAGAUCGUGAUGCGCACGAAAGAGCACAGCAGCAGGGGGACAGUACUAGUUCCAGAAUGAACUGCAAGAACUUUUCUAAGGAUUACAACUGCUACCAAGAACACAGCGGCUCAAGAGCUUCUACCAGGACCCGCGGGCCUGUCUCCACGACAAGCAGUUCUGCGACGAUCGCCCGGACGCAGAUGCUCACCUCCAAGUGUCGGACGCAGUUCGACUUGCAGGCCUUUCCGUUCGACCGGCAGGAGUUGCGCCUGGUUCUGUUCAACCUGCCCCAGACCGGUUUGAAUUGGGACAUCAUCGUGGAGCGCGACCACAUGGCGCGGGCGGUAUCGGCGCUCGAGAUCAGUUGGAAGGACCCCGACUGGGCGCUGAUACCCGGCUCCUUUCGGGUGCACCGGGAAUGCCACCCCGUCUACGGCGACCGGAUUUUGGUACACGUCGAAGUGCGAAGGCUGUGGAUGUGGUAGAGUUUUUAUUUACUUAAAAAUGUUGUAUAUGCAGUUGCAGUCUUUCAGCCGGUUCUUUUGGUUUUGCAAUUAUGACGAACAAGUUACUCUUCAAGACAAUUAUGACGAACAAGUAUCAUCAUCUAACUCUCAAAACGAACUGCAGGUACAUUUGGAACUUCUUUGCCAUUCUCUUCCUGGUGACGACGCUGGCGUUUUCCGGUUUUGUCUGGGAGGGUUUCGUAUGUAUUGCAAAAGUAUCGUACUCGUAUAAAUGCAUUACAAAUAAUUUCCUCAGCAUGAGAAAUCAAAUUCGUAUUGCAGAUUUGCCUUGGAAACAAGAUUUGUAAUGCAAGACUUGCAUUUGUUUUUGUACGAGUGCGAUACUUUUGCACAGGAUAUUUCGAGGAGGAUGGGCCAGCCCGAAACCCCUACGACUCGAUCGAAAUCGCUCUUCUCGCGCUCCUCACCAUCGUCAGCUUCAAGAGCUACAUGAGCGGAAGCUUACCGAAGGUACUUAACAAUCACUAUUGAGAUGAUCAUCUGCUCUGAUUCUAGUAUUAAAUGCCCGUUGUACUACAAAAUAUAGAAAUCAUUUGUCGUGGUCUUAUUUUCGAGGUUUGAAGAUUCAUUGCGUUGACUCACCAAGUUGUGCACGAGUGAAGAUGCCUAUGUUGCCUUCCGGUUCCGAUAUAUAGCUAAUGAUGUUGAGUAGAAGUUGUGAUUAUAUCCAGCGAGAAAUAGAAAUAAGUAUAAGCACGUACACGACACGUCCACGUGUCUAAAAAUAAUUCAAAUUCUUAACAAGGUUGCCUACAUGACGAUGUUAGACGUGUACACCAUGGCCUCCCUGACCUGCUGCAUGGCGACCAUUGUGCUGACCUGCAUCCGCAUUUACUUCCAGCUUUCCUACCAGCACGAAGUGACCAUGGCGUUUGCGCUGUACGGGCUCUACACGCUGUUUUUCCACUUUUUCUUCGUGAAGAAGGCUUUGAAAUACGUGCGAGAGCAGUACGCGAUGGAGGACAUGACGGGCAUGUAUGGGAGAAAGAAAAGCGGCAUUUUUUUACCGACUUCCUCCUUCUACAACCGAUUCUCAACGACCACGACCUCUGCAAGUCGGGGGAACAACGCGACGAACAAUAUUUUCAACGGCAGCAGCUCGUCCAGCUGUACGGUAGGCGAGAUGGACCACCACGGGCGGAUGAGGACUUCCAAUUUGUUCGGUGGCGCCGGCGGACCCUCCAACGACUUCGCCUUGCAACUGCAGGAAGCGAUCGAAGUUUUCGGAGGGGCUGAGACAUCAAACCGGGACAGCCGCAACAACGUCGGCCAAAACCAGCAAGGACGUCGAGAGCAGGGUCAGCACUAUGCGCGGAUGAGCGAGGAAAAUUUGAAGCAACUCCUUCCAGUCACUCCGCCCCACGACCCGACAAACAACUUGCUAAAAAACACAACUGGCGAAUUCAUGAGGCGGGAGCGUCGGGUUUCGAAGUCAGCGCCCCGGAAAAUAACGCGAAGUCAGGAACUAGUUGUACACACGGGCGUGUCCUCGGGCGUGGUAGCAGGUGGUGAAGCUGCUUCUGGUGAAGUACUAGCGAGUAGAAGAUCUCCCCGAGCAGGACAUGAAGCCCAGAGCAGGGCGACAGAAGCUGCUACAACACCAGCAGCAACAUGCGGGCAGCAGCUGCCCUCGACUUCUGAGCAGAAUCAGAAUCCAAAAGAUCAGAAUCUUGCACAUCAGGAGUCCUCGCAGCAAGUAACAAUUCAUCCAGCACCUGCUCGUGGCAAGAAUGAUUUGAUUGCAAAGCCGCUUGGAGAAGUAGACGCAAGAAAAGACGAAGUUGUUCCGAACAACUGUUUGCACCAAGGUGUUGAUCAUCUUCUUCGCAUUUCAACAGAGACAAACGAGCUGCAUCCACACAACAUUCUUCAGCAAAGCCAGCAUGAUUACCCGGCAGCGUCGCGAGAACUACACAUUACGAACGACAGCCGGACGGUGCCGUCAGCGACGGCGCACUCUCCGAGUAAUCUUCAUGGUGUAAAAAAACCCGCUGGUUCCAGCAACAUCCUCACAAGUUUUGUGUCCCAGUUCUCCUCUACCUUCUCUCGGAGCAAGACUUCUUCUCGUGGCGCCGCCGCCGCGCGGCCCCCACAGGAGCAGCUGUCACAGCCGCAGCCGCGACCUCGGGGAACCAGCUUGACCCGGGCAAGUAUGAGCUGGGAAGCCAGCAAUGAUUGGAUCGGCGCGACAAACAAGCACCAGUUUUAGAGGCCGGAGGUGAACAAGUAAAGUCGUGCGUCUCAAUUAAUAACAGAUAUUCAGCUGCACGUGGUUUGUCUUUGUUGUAAAAGAAAAAAUAGUUUCCGUUGCGGUCUGUCAUAAUUUUUUGUUUCCGAGACGAUAGCAAAUAGCACAAGAACUACAUCACAUGAUGAAGGGCGGAUGUUAAAUUUGCCUUCGGUAUGAGCAGGACCAGGAGGACGUGGUCACACACCGCGGCAACGGCACAGAUCAGGAGUCAGUAAAAUGACUAACACGAAAGGAGCCGGUACAGACUGGGAGUCCGAGUCGAUAGUUCAUGUCUUUGUUAUUUUUCACUUAGCUCGUGCAGCAAUGAACAUUUUUUUUCCACCAUUUUUGUAGCAUAAAAGAAAAAGAGAAACUGCAGCAAGAAGAUGCACAAUUAUCCAGAUUUUGCCGAUUAGCAUGCCCCCUACAAGUCAGCUGUUUUUUGCGGUUGACGAUGAAUGACAAUGAUGUGCUGGGCGUACUAGUUGUAUCAGCAAAGCUGAUGGUCGACGGCUAGACUCCUUUCCAAGAAAAACAGAUACCAUAUGUAAAGUACAUCAUUUUAUCCAGUUCCACGCAAAGAACUACACAUGAUGUUUCUCUUCCUCAGUAUGCAGUUGCAAAUGCAGGUUCUCGUCAAGAACUCAGCCAAUUUCGACGGCUGAUGAUGAACAGGUCGACUCCACUGUCGCACGAAUGGUUCAACUACAUGAAAAUUAGGACUACUAAAUUCAACAAUAUUUUGGGGAUGAUUGAUAAAGAAGAAAAAAUGUACAAAGAAUUCCAAAUUAAAAUGACGAAACAUACACAUGAUGGACAAAAACAUGUAAUUUGAAA